GCUGCCCGGGCCGGGCCCGCGCGUCCCGCGGGAGGCGGCCAUGUCUACCGGCGAGGCGGAGCGGCUGUCGGCGGACGCCGACGGGGCCGCGGGGGACGAGGAGGAGGAGUGGCUCUAUGGCGAUGAAAAUGAAGCAGAGAAACCAGAGGAAGAAAAAUCUAGUGCUCCACCUCCACCUGGAAGUGAAGAGGAAGCUGCAGAAAAUGGCGUUGUGAAAACGAAAGUGGCAGAGGCUGAGGAUGACAGUGAUAGUGAUAGUGAUGACGAUGAAGAUGAUGUUCAAGUCACCAUAGGAGAUAUUAAAACAGGAGCUCCACAGUUUAGUUAUGGAGCGGCACCUGUGAAUCUCAAUAUUAAGGCAGGAGGACGAGCUUAUGGAUCUUCUGGUACAAAAGUUAAAGGACUGGAUUUAGAUGCGCCAGGGAGCAUUAAUGGUGUGCCGCUUCUGGAAGUAGACUUAGAUUCUUUUGAAGAUAAACCUUGGAGGAAACCAGGGGCUGAUCUCUCUGAUUAUUUUAACUAUGGUUUCAAUGAAGAUACUUGGAAAGCUUACUGUGAAAAACAAAAGAGAAUACGAAUGGGUCUUGAAAUUUUACCAGUUACCUCAACCACAAAUAAAAUUACGGCUGAAGACAAAGCUAUGGAAGUAAGACCAAGUGCAGAGAUUCUCGAUGGCAGAUACCAUCUUUUUAAGGUACAGCAGGGCAGAACUGGAAAUUUGGAGAAAGAGUUGGCAGUACAGUCGACCAAACCUGAUUUCACAUCUCCGCCUGCCUUAUUCAAAUCAGGAAUUCCAGCAAACAGGCGAAUAUCUGGCACAAUAGAUGUGAUUGGACAGAGCAUCACUAUCAGCAGGGUGGAAGGACGACGGCGUGCUAAUGAAAACAGCAACAUACAGGUUCUUUCAGAACGCUCUAAUCCUGAAGUAGACAAUUUUACCAAGCCACCUCCAUUUUUCCCUCCAGGAGCUCCACCUACCCACCUUCCACCACCUCCUUUCCUCCCACCCCCUCCAACAGUCAGUACUGCUCCACCUCUAAUUCCCCCACCAGGUAUACCAAUAACAGUGCCACCACCAGGUUUUCCACCACCACCUGGCGGUCCUCCACCUUCCCUCAUACCCACAAUAGAAAGUGGGCAUUCUUCUGGCUAUGAUGGUCGUUCUGUUCGCGCAUUUUCAUAUGGCAGCGUCACCUUUCCACACCCUGCAGGUUCUGCACCUUCGUGGUCUAGUCUUCUAGACACCAGCAAACAAUGGGAUUACUAUGCAAGAAGAGAGAAAGAUAGGGAACGUGAGAGAGAACGAUCCCGAGAUCGGGAUCGCGACCGGGACCGAGACAGAGAUCGAGAACGUACCAGAGAUAGGGAAAGGGACCGAGAUCACAGUCCAUCGUCUAGUGCGUUCAACAGUGAUGAAGAACGCUACAGAUACAGAGACUAUGCAGAAAGAGGCUACGACCGCCAUAGAACAAGUAGAGAGAAAGAAGACAGACACAGAGACAGGAGACACAGAGAGAAAGAAGAGACUAGACAUAAGUCAUCUCGAAGUAACAGCAGACGUCGUCACGACAGUGAAGAAGGGGACAGCCACAGAAGGCACAAACACAAAAAAUCCAAAAGAAGCAAAGAAGGAAAAGAAGCCAGUGGUGAACCUGCUCCUGAACAGGAAAACACUGAAGCUGCCCCUGUGGAAUAGGCUUGUGUGAUUUUUGCCUACUUGCAUAUAUAUUAGUGCCAGAAAUAGAUUACUAUAAAUCUUGUUAUUUUUCUGGGAAUUAUAAUAAUUUGCUCUUAAUCUUGUUCUGUUAGUUUGAAAUCAAAGAUUACUUUGGGUUUUUUUGAAAAUAAAAGACUGAAUUUUUCAUGUUAA